AAUUGUGUCAUUCUUCUAGCCCGCUUAUCAGACAUAACUAGUUUACCGUCUUACAACUUUACUUAUUCCCCAUUUAUUGCGAAAUUGAAGUAUCAGAUUGUUAGCUGGCGACUGUACUGCCUAAAUAAAUGGCUGUUUUCUCUACCGACGUGAAAUACACAACUCGUUUUCCGUCAUGCUAGAAGUUAUUCCUUUUUUCGACCGUCAAUUUGUUCUCGUAGUACAUUGGGGAUCUACGGGAAGAUGGCUGGUAAUCGAGCAGGUGGCUCAACUCGUUUUUGGCUGGUCAGAAGAACGGCUGCGCUACAAACUUCUCUAUGACUCCAUGUCCGAGUCACGUGCAUGCAAGAUUGUCAGGGUCAGCGAAAAACAGUUUCUUAGAAGGCUUGUGAAGCUGGGUGCCGUCGGAGACUCGCGCGAAUGGACUCACUUAGUUCACUUGCAAAGCAUGAGUGCAUUUCUGAAAAAUUUUGCAAAACGCUCCAGAUUCACUCUCUUUUAUGACAUCCUUACUCAGUUACAGUGGAAAAGCAAUCCACUCAAAAAGCGCACUCUGUCCCCCAUGAGCAAAAAAUACGUCGCUUCAUUGCAAACUUGGAAGUGCGCCCAUUGUCAAGAACCCCUCCCUUCAAGGUUUGAAGUCGAUCAUCUGAUCCCCUGGUCCGAAGGCGGAACGGAUGAUCUGGACAAUCUACAGGCGCUCUGUCCAAAUUGCCAUGCACACAAAACGGAACUAGAUAGACAAGUGAUCAAGCACGAAAACUGGUUUUCUACUCCGGACAAAAUUUCGAAAAUGACUUCGCCCACGUACAGAGUAUCUCCCAGUUUUUGUCACAAACCUGCGCCGCCACCUCUGAUAUCCCCUUUGCGUAGCCAAUCUACAGCGUUAAAUCCUGUGGGCUCUGAAAAUGGCGACACCGCCUGUCGUUCGCCGCGACAGGCGUUAUCUCCUGUGAGCGCGAACGCCCAUCGCUCGAUACCUAUUUCACACAGUAAGACCCUCCCCUUCUACGCUCUUAGUGGUUCUGAGUCGAAAUUCAACAACUCCGACCCCUUCGUUAUGAUGACUCCCAUUCGAAAUCCUAUCUCCGGUACAUGCUCUACUCGACCAUACGGGGACUCAAGUGCAGUCACGCCCGCCACCUCCAAGAAAAGCUGCUACUUCCCACUCAAUUCCUGGAGCGAUCAAAAGAGUAACUACGUAGACGAUCUGCAAAAAAAACAGUCGCUCUCAAGACAGUCUAAAAAGUCCUACAGUGCUUACUAACUUUUAUUACUAUGUACCUAUGUACGGUCGCCUUCGUCUGGUACCACAAUACUGAUGGCCACGUCGUCUCGGAAGGUUUUUGUAUGUAACAUAGACCCAGUUGUAUAUACGAUUAAGAGACUCUUUUUUUUACCUUUACAUGGAUCAGUAAAUCCCGCGAGUUUGGCUUUCGAUGUUGCCGGCAGGGUCAGUGAACGUCCGCCUUCUUGUUUGACCAAGUUCUGAAGUGCUAAAGUAACGUCGAUACAGUAUUCUUCUCUGCCUAAGUCGCCGUAGGUAGCAGAAAUGAUCACCAAGCUCUGCUUUAACAUUUCACCUUUGAUUUCGAUAUGUAUUCCCUCGUCCAACAUGUCCUGGAGCAAAAGGGUCUCGAUCGUCUCUAGCAUCUCUUUGAGCCACAACGCGCAGAUCCUUUCGCUUUCAAAAUGUAAAGUUGCAUCACAAUCA